AUGCGCAUGACAGAGAGUGGGAACCAAGCCAAGAGACCUCCCACAGUCUCUCACCCUCUCAGAGUCCCCUUCCCCCUCCCCCAAGCGAACGUUGUCUUCCGCUCCGUGACCGCCAAGGUUACGUUACUUGCUUGCUUUGCCCAGAUGCUUCAUGAACAGCCCCACCCUCGGCCCCGUGUCUCCGGUCCACUUGAACCCCCAUUGCCCCUCUACGAUGUAGGCCACCCUUUGCACUUCCAGAUCCGAUCCCUGGCACAAGUCGUCACGUCAGAUCCCAAACCGGCUCUCCUGUCAACCACCGCAGCUGAAACUCUGCCGUCUGCAACGCGGAGCAAGGGUCGCCUUGUUCCCCGGCAAAGGCGAACCAUCUUCCGUGUGGCUUAUCUCGUCGUACGAACUCUGCCGCCUCACCGGAACUGA